CAGAAGAUCCAAGUAAGAGAUGUCCUCUAGAUUGGAUUUAUUUACAAUAAAGGGAUCUUAAAAUCCAGUUAAGCAGGUAUGGCUGAUGAACAUGAUGUGGGAGAUUGUUCCUCUGUUGAAGUCCAGUGCUUGCUUCAGCCUGUGAGAUCAGACUAUCUAAACCCCAGCCAUGCGCUCAGGAACAGCGAGGAGUCUAUAAAUCGUCUCAUGAAAUUUAAAGAGUAAAAAAUAAAGAUUAGUCGCAUUGUGUAACAGUAUUUACUAAAUAACUGCUUAAUAAGUUGCAUGCAACACAAAUCACUUAUAUAGAUACAAUGGCUCCUUAUUGUUACAGUAGUAUGUAAAGAUGAACUGAGUUUACAGUUUGAAACCUUCUUCAGUGGAAAGAUUAAGUUAAUUGUUUUACUGUAUUUAAGCACUGCACUGCAUCUUUACUGCAUUUACUGUUAAUGCUUAUGUAGUAAUUUGUGCCAAUGGCCAUAUGUGUGAACUCAGCUGAUUAACAGAUUUAAAGGACUGAAAACUUUACUGAAUUAAUGUUUUUUUACUGCAGCUUACUUCAAUCGGUGAGAUCUGACUCUCUAAACCCCAGCCAUGCGCUCAGGAACAGCGAGGAGUCUAUAAAUCGUCUCAUGAAAUUUAAAGGGUCCAGCUUAUUUCAGCCUGUGAGAUCAGACUCUCUAAAACCCAGCCAUGCGCUCAGGAACAGCGAGGAGUCUAUAAAUCGUCUCAUGAAAUUUAAUGAUUCCAGCACAGAGCAGCAGGGGAGUUCAGCUUUUCCAAGUCUUAGCCAUGAGUUCAUGAAGGGCGAUCAGUCAAUGAAUCAUCAAUUGGAUUCAAAAGGAUCCAGCCCAGAGCAGCAGGGGAGUUCAGCUUCUCCAAGUCUCAGCCAUGAGCCCAUAAAGGGCGAUCAGUCAAUAAAUCAUCAAUUGGAUUCAAAAGGAUACGGGAUUGCCUUGUCUAUUAAAGAAGAAUUAAGAAACAAAUUUCAGUGUUUGCAUGAAGGAAAAUCAGAAAAGAGUGAUCUAGUACCUCUCAAUGAGAUCUACACUGAGCUCUACAUCACAGAAGGUUGGAGUGGUGAGAUCAAUAAUGAGCAUGAGGUGAGACAGAUUGAAGCAGCAUUGAGGAGAACAUCAACAAAAGACAGACAAAUCAAAUGCAAUGACGUCUUUAAGCCCUUACAUGGACAAGACAAACCCAUCAGAACUGUGCUGACAAAAGGAGUCGCUGGCAUUGGAAAAACAGUUUCUGUGCAGAAGUUCAUUCUGGACUGGGCUGAAGGGAAAGCAAAUCAAGAUAUUAAUCUCAUAUUUCCACUGCCUUUCAGAGAGCUUAAUCUGAUGAAGGACCAAAACGUCAGUCUUAUAGAUCUUCUAAAACUUUUCAUGCAUUUAGAACAGUUGGAAAUAUCUCAACCUGAAAGUAAAAUCCUUUUGAUAUUUGAUGGUUUGGAUGAAUGUCGUCUGUCUUUGAAAUUUGACAACAGCAUGAGGUUGUGUGAUGUAAAUGAAUCUGCGUCAGUGGAUGUGCUGGUGACCAAUCUGAUCCAGGGAAAUCUGCUUCCCUCUGCUCUCAUCUGGAUCACCUCCAGACCAUCAGCAGCUGAUCUCAUCCCGUCUGAGUGUUUUGAACGAGUCACAGAGGUACGAGGCUUCAGUGAUCCACAGAAAGAGGAAUACUUCAGGAAGAGAAUCAGUGAUGAGGGUCUGGCCGACAAAAUCAUCUCGCAUCUGAAGUCCUCCAGGAGUCUCUACAUCAUGUGUCACAUCCCAGUGUUCUGCUGGAUUUCAGUCACUGUUCUAGAGAAAAUGUUGAAAGAAUCAGAAAGUGGAGAGAUCCCAAAAACUCUCACUCAAAUGUACACACACUUCCUCAUCAUUCAGAUAAACAUAAAAAAUGAGAAAGACUAUGAGAGGAAGGUUAGCGAUGAGGUGAUGAUUCUCAAACUUGGAAAACUGGCUUUUCAGCAGCUUCAGAAAGGCAAUCUGAUCUUCUACGAGGAAGAUCUCAGACAGUGUGACAUUGAUGUGCAAGAAGCAUCGGUCUUCUCUGGAUUGUGCACUCAGAUCUUUAGAGAAGAAUCAGGACUGUUUCAAGGAAAGGCUUACUGCUUUGUCCAUCUGAGUGUUCAAGAACAUCUUGCGGCUCUGUAUGUUUACCUCUCUUUUAUGAAUAAACAUAUAAAUGUAUUUGACCAGCCUAAGGUUUUACCCAACGUAUUGGCUUGCACACAUUGUUCACGCAAUUCAAUAUUUGCUUUGCAUCAGACAGUGCUGAGAAAAGCUCUGCACAGUGUCAAUGGACAUUUGGACCUUUUUCUUCGCUUCUUUGUGGGCUUCUCACUGGAGUCCAAUCAGAUUCUCUUGCAAAACCUUUUCACAGAGCCAGAAAGACUCUCCUACAGCAAAAAGAGAAUAGCCAAGAUGAUCAAGAUGAAGAUUGACGAAAAUCCUUCUACUGAGAAGUCGAUCAAUCUCUUCCACUGCCUGAAUGAAUUGAAUGAUCAUUAUCUAGUGGAGGAUAUCCAAAACUAUUUUGAAUCAGGCUUAAAAAUAAAUAAAACACUCUCACCCUCACAGUGGUCGGCAGUGGUUUUCAUAUUGCUGACCUCAGGGCAAAAUCUAGAUUUGUUUGAUUUCAACGAAUAUGUUGAGAAAAACAUAUCUGUAAAGGAAGUUCUUCAAAGACUUCAGCCUGUGAUUGAAACAUCGAGAACAGCAAAGCUUUUUGAGCAUAGCUUAACACAGAAAGACUGUGCCACUUUGGUUUCUAUCCUUACCUCAAAGACUUCAUGCGUGAGAGAGCUGAUCUUAACAAAAAGCAAUGUAAAGGAUAAAGGAGUGAAGCAUCUCUGUGAGGGACUGGAGAAUAAUAAGUGUCAGCUGGAGACACUAAUACUGGAGUGUUGCGGUGUUUCUGAUAAAGGUUGUGCUGCAUUGGCUUCAGCUCUGAGAUCAAACCCCUCACACCUGAGAGAACUGAAUCUGUCUGAAAAUACAUUGAAAAGCUCUGGAGUAAAGCUGCUCUCAGCUGAAUUGGGGAAUCCUCUUUGUAAACUUGAAAAAUUAGUGCUGAAAAAUUGUGGUAUCAAUCAUGAAGGCUGUGCUGCUCUUGCUUCAGCUCUCAGAUCAAACCCCUCACACCUCAGAGAACUGAAUCUGUCACAGAAUCAAUUUAGAGAUUCAGGAAUUAAUCAGCUCUCUGAUGCAUUGAAUUCUCCUAACUGUAAUUUGGAGAUAUUACGGCUGGUGAAUUGUAGUAUCACACAUGUAGGUUGUGCAGCUCUGGCUUCAGCUCUAAGAUCAAACCCCUCACACCUGAGAGAACUGAAUCUGUCACGGAAUAAAUUAGGAGAUUCAGGAAUGAAUCAGCUAUCUGAUGCACUGAAUUCUCCUAACUGUAAUCUGGAGAAAUUACUGUUGUUGAAUUGUGACAUCACUCAUGAAGGUUCGGCUGCUCUGGCUUCGACUCUGAGAUCAAACCUCAUACAUCUAACAGAACUAAAUUUGUCUUCAAAUCAACUUACAAACACAGGAUUAAAGAAGCUCUCUGAUGAUCUGGAGAAUGCUGUUUGUAAUCUUGAGAUACUACGGUUAAAUAAUUGUGGCUUCACAGAUGAGGGUUGUGCUGCUCUGGCUUCGGCUUUGAAAUCAAACCUCUUAAACCUAAGAGAGCUAAGUUUAUGUUGGAAUAACAUUGGUGACUCAGGAGUGCAGACACUUUUUGCUGCAUUGUUAAAUCCAAACUGUAAAUUGGAAGUUCUGCGGCUGAGAGAUUGUAAAAUUACAGAUGAAGGUUAUGUUACUCUUGCUUCAACUGUGAGAUCAAUCCCCUCACCCCUAAAAGAGUUGGAUCUGUCUCAGAAUACACUGAGAAACCCAGGAUUAAAACUGCUCUCUUCUGUACUGGAAAAUCCUAACUGUAAACUGGAGAUACUCCGUCUGGAGUAUUGUGGCAUCACAGAUGAAGGUUGUGCUGUUCUGGAAUCAGCUCUAAGAUCAGACACCUCACACCUGAGAGAGCUGAAUCUGUACAUGAACAAUAUUGGACGUAUAGGACAGCAGCUAUUGUCUGAUUUAAAGGAAGAUCCAAAUAAUACGCUGAAAGAAAUAAAAUAUUAGCCACAAAGUCAUAGAUGCUAAGAAUUUUAAGUAAGAAUUUUAAGUAAGAAUCUUAGAAAUAUGCACAUGACAAACACUAAAACCAGAAGUGCCAUCAUGAUUAUAAAAUAUUAAUUCUUUGUACCAUGUCUUUAAGGUUAAUUGUGAAUAAUCUCAUUAUUAAGAGUGUGCUCUGACACUGUCAAUGUAAAUAUGCAGAUACUCUUGACUUUUUAGUAACCUGCUGUGUAGAACAAUUUGUUUUAGAAGAAAAAUAAUAAUACACAUUUAAACAUAAUAUAAUUAUUAUAAACCUAAGUCAGAAUAUGAUGCUAUAUGUAACAAAUCUGUAAAAACGUGAUUUUGGUUUUUUUUUAAAGGUAACUGCACCCCAAAAAGUCAACACAAAUACAGUACUGUAAUUUGUAGGCUUAAGUUAGGCUUGAUGGAGACUUACAGUAUUUAAGUCAUACAGUAUGAGUACAUUGUCUUUACCUUAUUUAUUGAAUGAGUUAAAGUUUGUGACAUUUAAAACCAUGUACAGCAAUCAAGUACUGAAAAAUAAGUAAUGACCGAGUAUUGUUUAUAUAUUUUUUUAAACUUAAAUGUUGUUUUUAUUCAUAGUCUGACAUUUUAUUUAUUAUUAAGACUGUACUGUUUUAACUUUUAUAUAAAUAAAGUAAAUAUAUAAAAUGCAAAAAAACACAAAUAAAA